GACCGAGCGGGGUUUGAAUGGGCGAUGGCGGAGGCAGCCGCCGACGCCUGGACCCACAGCGUGGUCCACAGCCAGCUGCAGGACGUCGUGCUCAUCCAGCAGCAGCAGAUCGAAAGCUUCGGCGCCAUGAUACAGGAUAGAGAAGAAGAAUCAGUAAGCAUAAAGAUGUAUGAAGAUGUUGUGAAAGAAUUGGAGAAUGAAAGACUUGAACAUGCUAAAACAAAAGCAUUACUUUCCAAGGAGUCUGAAAAACUGCAAUUUUCACUUGGUGAAAUUGAAAUUCUAAUGAAACAGCUGGAGCGGGAAAAGAAGGCCUUUGAAAAUGCAUUGGAAAGUAUUAAAAACAAGGCAAUGAAGGAGUCAAAUGAAAAUGACAAGUUAAAAAGCAAGUACAAUGGUAUUGAAAGUCAAAUAGAAAAGCAAGAAGACAUUUUAAGUAGCAAAGAAGAUCAGAUUAAAGAACUUUGUCAUCAACUUGAAAAACAGAAAGCUACAUUGAAACAACAGGUUACUGAGUUUGAAAUACAGAAACAGCAAAAUGAAUAUAUUGAACGUGUACUGGAAGGAAAAAAGAGGAAAGCACGUGGAAAGUUUCUUACCUCAAAGUAGUCCUGUGUAUAUAGACUUUUAAAAAAAUUCCUGAAUAUUUCCUCCAAUGUUACAAUAUCAUUUAUCAACUGGUUAAAUUUUGAAUUGUUUUGAUGAAACUGAUGCUCUCAGCAAAAAGUUGCAAUCAUAAUUUAACACAGAGCAAUACAGUAUGGGAACAGGCCCUUCGAACCACGAUGUCUGUGCUGACCAUGAUGCCAAUUUAAACUAAUCCCACCUGUUUGCAUAUGGUUCACAUGCCUCCAUUCCCUGCCUGUUCAUGUGCCUGUCUAAAUGCCUCUUAAAUGUUGCUAUCAUAUCUACUUUCACCACCUCCCUGGCAGCUGGUUCCAAGCACUUACCACUCUCUGUGUAGUUUUUUUAAAAAACCUUGCCUCGCAAAUCUCCUUUUAAACUUUUGCCCUCUCACCUUAAAUCCAUACCCCCUGGUAUUUGACUUUCUUUUUUCCCAGCACGGAUGACUCUACUUACCUCUGCCUCUCAUAAUUUUAUAUACUUCUAUCAGGUUGCCACUCAGCCACUGCUCCAGAGCAAACAAUCCAAGUUUUUCCAAGCUCUCCUUAUAAGCUCAUACUCUCUAAUCCGGGCAACAUUCUGGUGAACUUCGUUUGUACCCUCUCCAAAGCCUCUUCAUCCUUCCUGUAAUGCAGCAACCAGAACUGUACACAAUAUUGCAAAUAUGGCCAGACCAAAGUUUUAUACAGCUGUGACAUGACUUCCCAACUUUUAUAUUGAACGCUCCAACCGCUAAAGGCAAGUAUUACUUCUUUACCACCCUAUCUACUUCUGUUGCCACUUUGAGGGAGCUAUGGGCUUGCAUUCCAAAAUUUCUGGCAUUAUACUGGAUAAAUCCGCCACCAAGGAACUGUCAAAUGGAUUGACCAUUGGACAACCUUUCUGGUGUCAAUAUUCCUGACCUUGUGACUUGAGAUGCAUUUUUGUCAAUAAACUGAGUGAAAUGCAGUUAAAUUUGCCACUGUUUAUCAUGAAUAUAGUCUUUAUUUGUAUUUGCACCUGUUGAAUCAAAAUAGUAGGGCCUUAUCAGCAUUCUGUCUUAGAUUCACUGUUCUUGAACCAAGUUUAUCGACAAUAUUAUUUGUGUUACUUACAAGUGUUUUAAUUCUAAAGAUGUAAUAUAAAGCAUUUUAUCGCUUCAGCAAUCUUAGAGCACUUUCUUUGAUCGUGACAGCCCCAGGACUAUGGUUUAGUUA